GGCUCGCGCGGCUUUAACACAGAUGCGGAGCGGCUCUUGUGCUCUGAGCGCGCGCCCGAGAGAGAAAGAGGAACAGCACCAUGACAGCGAACACAUACGACGUGAUUGUGAUUGGCGGAGGCAUCUCAGGUUUGAGUGCUGCCAAGCUGUUGGUGGAGAGCGGCUUAAACCCAGUGGUUUUGGAAGCUAGAGAUCGCGUCGGUGGAAGAACUUUUACUGUUCAGAACAAAGAGACCAAAUGGGUGGAUCUGGGAGGAGCAUACAUUGGUCCCACUCAAAACCGAAUCCUGAGGAUAGCCAAACAGUAUGGGGUGAAGACUUACAAAGUCAAUGAAGAGGAGUCACUGGUUCACUAUGUGAAGGGCAAGUCGUAUCCAUUCAAAGGGCCUUUCCCUCCCGUCUGGAACCCUCUGGCUUACCUUGACUACAACAACCUCUGGAGGACAAUGGACAAGAUGGGAAUGGAGAUUCCAAAGGAGGCUCCAUGGAAGGCUCCCCAUGCUGAAGAGUGGGACAAGAUGACCAUGCAUCAACUCUUUGAUAAGAUUUGCUGGACCAAGGCUGCUCGCCGCUUUGCUACUCUGUUUGUCAAUGUGAACGUGACAUCCGAACCCCAUGAGGUGUCUGCUUUGUGGUUCCUGUGGUACGUCAAGCAGUGCGGUGGCACUAUGAGAAUCUUCUCCACCACAAACGGAGGGCAGGAGCGCAAGUUUGCUGGAGGCUCCAGUCAAAUCAGUGAGGGGAUGGCCAAAGAGCUGGGUGACCGUGUGAAGCUGGAGACAGCCGUCUAUAGCAUUGACCAGACUGGAGACCUGGUGGUGGUCAAGACAGUUAAUGAUGAGAUAUACAAGGCCAAAUAUGUCAUACUUGCCAUACCCCCAGGACUGAACCUCAAGAUCCAUUUUAACCCCGAGCUGCCUCCUUUGAGAAAUCAGCUCAUCCACAGAGUGCCCAUGGGCUCAGUCAUUAAAUGUAUGGUUUACUACAAAGAGAACUUCUGGAGGAAGAAGGGAUACUGUGGCAGCAUGGUGAUCGAAGAAGAGGAUGCACCUAUUGGUCUCACGCUUGAUGACACUAAGCCUGAUGGGUCUGUGCCUGCUAUAAUGGGUUUCAUUCUGGCACGAAAAUCCAGGAAACUGGCGGGUCUUACAAAGGAGGAGAGAAAGAGAAGAAUCUGUGAAAUUUAUUCUCGCGUACUCGGCUCAGAGGAAGCACUGCAUCCUGUGCACUAUGAGGAGAAGAACUGGUGUGAGGAGGAGUAUUCUGGUGGCUGCUACACUGCCUACUUCCCACCGGGUAUCAUGACACAGUUUGGCAGGGUCCUGCGGGAGCCGGUGGGCAGACUGUAUUUUGCCGGGACUGAGACGGCCACUGAGUGGAGCGGUUACAUGGAGGGAGCCGUACAGGCAGGAGAGAGAGCGACUAGAGAGAUUUUGUGUGCGAUGGGAAAACUCCACGCAAGUCAGAUCUGGCAGUCAGACCCUGAUUCAUUGGAUGUUCCAGCCCAGCCGUUUGUUACCACCUUCUGGGAAAGAAACUUGCCAUCGGUUGGAGGACUCCUAAAGUUUAUGGGCGUGUCCUCAUUCCUGGGUCUUGCCACAGCAGCGGGAGUGGUAGCCUAUAAGAAGGGGCUCCUCCCACAAGUAUAAUUCCCCACCAACUUACAGCCUAUUCUAUGUCACUUGGCCUUUGUGAUUGCGUGAUUCAGCCAAUGACCUAAUCGCGGCCAUGACACUCUCUGGGUAUGUGGUCGAGUUAUUCAGAUGAGAUUUGAAAAUUACAAAAUCAACAAUAUUAUGAGUAGCUAUUGGGAUCGGCCCUGUCCAGAGUAUACAAGCUGCCCACAUUAAAAGAAAUAAAGAAUGACAGCAACAUC